CCUCUUCAAACUUGAAACCGUUUGCGCAUAUUCUACUACUGACAUUAUCCGGACUUCGUCACCCAAUAGUCGCCAUAAAAUCUGUCCGUAACGCCCGUGAAGCAAACAAGGUCUUCUGACGGACGCCACUAAAGAUCUGGUUGGGUUGGCUUGAUGAGGAUGCGCGUACCUACAUGGUGACGGGGCGACAGAUCUAAUACCGGAUAAGGUCCUGCACCAGCGUGGCAGCGUGGCAGCUGGUGCAGAUGUCUCAAAAGUCCUUAUCGCCCAGAUCGUAGAUGCGAAAGAGAGCUCUACACCGUUGUAUCUUUCCCAACCUAGGAAUAACUUAUCCUCUUAUACUCUUCCGCACCCUUUUACGUCCUCUUCUCAUAUUUUCUCCUUGUCGUUCAUUUUUCCGUUGUCUGCUGCCUCCAUCUUACACCUGAUUAAAGAACUAUGUUGUAACGGUACUAUAACUGUGAUAUAUUGCGUGGGGUUUAGGAAAGCCAAUCGAGUUUCAUGGAUCUCAGCACUGUGAGCGCUGUAGUCGAGGCUUUGAUUGCAACAUACGCGGCAGGCCUAGAUUACUACACCAAAUGGCAACACCGAAAAUGGCAGGAGAAUCAUUAUCAGACACGUAAUAGAGGCAAGCUGAGCCAACCUAAUCUGUGCGGACUGAGCGCAUCUUUGAGUUUCUCCCCGAACAAAAUUAAGGAGGUUUUUGACAGCGGAGUUGAAAUCUUCGGCACUGGGUUCUCGGCUGGAGACGACAUAUGCCGUGAGAGCCUACAAUGCGACCUCGGUCGUCUACAGGAGCGCAUAUAUGCCUUACGCAAAGCAACUCGUGCCGGCAAUGGCCCACUUGAGCUCUUCGAACUCAUCCGCAUGUCGGAAAGUGUCCGCAUCUCCUGCUUAGCAGCUUUAGCCAGCCAAUAUAAACGAGUUGCCGUUGGCCGUCUGGUCCCUCAAGUCCUGCCCGGAACUAAGCGGCGGUCGAAACUUAGUGUUAUAAUAUCCGAAGAAGAGACGGCUGAACCGGCUGCCGAUAAUGACGGCGGUAGUACUAAUGAUAAUGAUAACGCCGCCGAUUGCGUACAGGUGGAUUGCCGCGGAGAAAGCUCCAGCAAGCUACCGCACCCGCACCCGCAAUCAGAACCCCCGUCCCCACCACUAACUCCCAAGCAAAUUCCGGAUGACCUCCAAUCUAUCCAUACAACCAUGACAAACGAUUAUGGUCUGCAGCCCAAAAAUAGCGUAUUUAGUAUGUUUUGUCCCGAGGCGUUGGAAUACCAAGUCAAUACCCGAAAAGCCAUGCCAGAGGGCCGAAAUUGUAGGUGCGGGUAUGAUUGGGGUAGAGCGCAUACCGAAGACAAGACCCCCGUCAUCGUGAAGGAAGGGUUUGAGAUUACACCCCGGUUCCUCGGGAAAUCGCAUUGCGAUGGCGGGUUCGGCUGCGUGUUAUGCACCUCCAGCGGCAGGACAGAGACCUACACGAGGGUUGAAGAUCUAAAGGACCACAUUAACGAGUCGCAUAGCAAGUGGCAAUUGCUUCACGAUCAGGAUAUGGCCGGCCGAUAACAUGGCAGGCCGGCUCAUUUCGCGGUUUAUUGUGCGUUUUCAGUCAUGUUAUCGGAGAUACCCAGGAUAGUACCUAAGGUCAGGUCAGGUACAUAAAUUAUAAAUUUAUCACGAUGAUAUUUAUGCGCA